CACACAGUAGAGCGUCUUUUCUCGAGAACAAGUCUGCAGUCGUUUUACACGCACACAAGUCGUGCAAUACAACCGAGUCGCGUUGAACCCAACAUACGAUCGUCAUAGGAUACGUCAACGGUCGUACCGUUGAUAUCGCACGACAGAGCUGGAUAGCUCAAGAGCACAAGUAUAUUGGCGGAGCGUCGUAGCUGGCAGGCGAGUUCCGGUAAACGACGACAUUUUUUACUUCCACCGGUUUGUUUUUCGUCGUUUGCGCUCGAGUCCCUAGCGAUUCUGUUGCACGCGUUUUCGGAUCGAAACGCUUUAUCCGAACACUUCCUUCCGUUCCGUCGUCCGCGGGCGGGUGCACCGCGACCAUGCAGGAAGAUUCGUCCGAUUCGAACGGCGAGGGCGGCUGUUCACCGACUCCCAACGAAUACGCGUCCAACACGACCAAGCGACAAGUGUACUUGGAAUUUUCCGAGUUCAGUCCGGCGCAGAUACGAAAGAUCGAAGACAUUUUCAACCAGUAUGAUGCAAACAAAGAUGGAUACCUAUGUCGAAAUGAAUUGAAACGAAUGAUGAUCAAACGUCGAGUUCCAUGGACUGAAAACUCAUUAAAUCAACUGAUUGAUGAUGUAGAUAAAGACAAAGACGGAAAAUUGACUUUUAGAGAAUUUGUUAUGACUAAUCGUAAAACUUUGGAAUACUGUCAGCGUGCAUUGGCCAGACAAGAAAAAGUUGACUUUAACAAAGUUGGUAUAAAAGGCGUUAGAGACUUCUUUGAGGCAAAGGCUAAAUAUUCCAAAUAAGCAGUGCUGCAGUUUUAGAAAGAUGUAUUGAAGGAAAAGUCCAAUCUACCAGUGUCCAGUAAUAAUAUAUAAUAAU